CAAUGAGUUAAAUUCACUCGGCCUCAAAACGAUUGGAGAUAGGGCGACUUUUAGAAGCAACGUCCGAAAAGAAUCAACGACAUUUUCAUCAGCAAAUACUCGUGAUAGAGACUGCUGCUGACUUUGGAGGACCUCGGAAGGAGUUUUUCGGUAUAGUCCUUAGAGAAAUGAAGGAGCAAUAUUUUGACAACAUUAAAGAAUGGUCUCCCGAUUACGUAGUUUUGGGGAAAAUAAUGGCUCUGAGUUUGCUGCAAAAUGGAAAACUUCCCAAAGUACUUUCUGCUGAUCUGGUCGAAGAGGUUUUCAAAAGCGACAGCAUGAGGCCUUGUGUAAAAGACCUCCGCAAAGGACUGGAUUCGUUGGGUAUUUACCAGCUAUCAAUUACACUGCCUAUGGUGGUCCAUUUGUUCACUCCUGGACCUCAACAGCAUAUGAAAUUCAGGCAACUUACUUCAAUUCUGACACCUCAGUUCAGCCCAGAAGGUUCCAAUAGAAGAAAGAGAGAAUCUGCAAUAUAUUCUCUCUUUGUGAAAUACAUAAGAGAAGCGGCAAGUGGACGAAGGGGAAUGGUAGAUCUGCGAUGUAUUUUGAGGUUUGCAACUGGAACGGAAGAAGAACCAGCACUAGGUUACAGUAUUGACCCGUCGAUUCAAUUUGUUGAAGGAACAUCUUUCAUGCCGACUGCAAAUACCUGCAUUAAUAAAAUGAACUUAACAAUUCCUGAUUCCAAUGAAGUGUCAGUUGGGAAAGACUUCCUUUUCAACUUAUUUGACUAUGCCUUUAGUAAUACCUUUUUUGGUAUGAAGUAAGCUGGGAUGUGUUCAAAAUUUAUAACCUUUCUAAGUUUCUGUGUUGAACUAUGACGGGAACUUUAAAGCGUGUAUUCUGUAUAUUUUCUGUUUCUACAAAAUGUGUUUAAUUUACUAUGAGAUACCAACAGUGUAUCUUUUUUGACAACAAUAUCGUUUUUGACAACAAUAUUGUUUUUGACAACAAUAUCGUUUUUGACAACAAGUAUCUUUGUUUGACAACAAGUAUCUCUUUUGACAACAAGUAUCUUUGUUUGACAAGUAUCUCUUUUGGCAACAAGUA